AUGGGACAUGUAGUCUUGAGGGUUAAGGGGGCAGAUAGGAGAAUAAAGAAAGUGCCGCGAGGCGGAAGUGGACGCAACGUGGUCGCCUGGGCGAAGUGCAGCGCGCCGGAUCCUCGGGAGAAGAGCCUGGCUGACUCCUUUUUCCUUAAAGGCCUGCUUCAUCAGCCCAGCCCAGACCAGUUUCAGGUAGCGGGUUGUGGGGAAAGGGCGUGGGACGGGGAAGGAGGCUCGCUCCCCCGGCUGAAAUGGUGCUCAUGGUGCAGAAGUGACUUGUAAGAAGGCAGUUUCUAACAUUUCCUGCUCUCUACUUCAACUGGACGUCCCACCCUAAUGCAUUUGUGGCUGCAUGGGGAGGGUGUCUCCUUGCCUGUUCAUUGGCUUGUCCCCCUGGGGACAGGGGGAGAGGGCAUGCUUUGGGAAUGGGGAGAAACCAGGGGCUUAAUUUUCGGCGCAUGUUCUUAAAAAUGCAUUUAGAGCCCCGCUAGAUCAGACUUAGGGCUGUCUAGUCUAGCCACUUUGAGGCCCUGGGAAGCCUGCAGUUGCUUUGCAGCGGGAGGAAAAACGCAUGAAAACAAUUCCCUUGCCCGUGCAUUUUUGUUCUAGGCUGCUCAAGAUUAUAUAGCAGGCUGUAUUUAUAAAAUAAAAUAAGGGCAAAUGUUUGCUGUGGCAUUGCACAAAUUAAAAUGGUAGUCGAAAUGAUGCUCAUUCCCCAGCCUCUUUUGCCCUGAUUGGCAGUGGUUAACCAGAACGCUUCUAAUUAUCCACAUUGCUGCUGGUUUCCCUCGAUUUACUGCUCCUAAAGUAAUUCUGCACUGGAGUAAACAGUAUUAUACGCUGCUGAUGUAAGUGCAGCCGUGAUAAGGGAAAGAUGCUGACUCAGUAUUGGGCACUGCCUGUGAAAGUGAUGGGAUGACUCUGCAAAAAUGCAGGCAAAUGGGAGGGGAAAGCUUAAUGCAACAUUGUCCACUACUUGCUGGUACAAUGCCUUUGAUAUUGUUCAUUUCAUAGCAUUUUUACUCAUAUUUUUUUCAUAAAUUGCAGAAGUAAACGUGAUUAUAUAUGUGUUGGUGUACUAAAACAGGUGGAAAUCAGUUUCUGGUGGGAUGUUGCUGUUCUGAUAGGAAUCUUGAGGUCUUAGAUAUAUGUUGAAUGUUCAUAAGUGUACCAACCAAGCACGUACAUAGAUCAGCACAGGAAGACCUACCUGAAACCAUUUUGAUUCCCAAACUGAGCAAAUGUUUUCUCUGCAAGGUCAAAGGAAAGUGGAAAAGCCUCCCCAUUGUCCUUUCCUUGACAAAUCCUGUCUUAAGGGCACAUUUAAGAUACGAAUAGAGUGUUAGCCUGUGACCUUGCCCUGGAAUAAAGUAUUUAUCAUUACAAAAGACUGGCCAGGCUCCCCAGGCAAUCCAAUCAAGUAAGCAGGGUAUCCAAUCAAGUAACCUGCCAAACAGGAGAUAAACAACAAUAGGAGAAAAACAACAUUCAAAUUCUGUGUUAGACCGCCUUUUCUGUUGAGGUAUGUAUGAUGUAUGGGGGUUGGCCUUGAACUGCAGGACAGGGAAUUUAAAAUGUCUAUAUAAGGCCUUGGCGCCAUUGUUCUGGGUUUCUCCUCUUUUCCUGUGUGUGAGGGGAGCACCCUGUUGCAACAGACCAAUAAAGAUCAGGCUUACUAGCUGCUUUGCUUCUCAAUAUUCUCUGGUUGGCCUCUGUUAUUUUCUCCUACCAAUAGGGAACCUACGUAAGGACUUGGAUACCCCAUUAGGGAAAAGGGCAGAUUUUGUUUACAACACUGUUAAUCAUAGUUCUGCAACCAUCUUUUUUUUCUCUCUUUUUUUUAUGUUUUCUUUGUAAUGAAUCUUUUGAAGAGCUGCAGGUCUUGGUCAGCUCUGAAGCGCUACAUAUAUCCAUUAUGCUAUUAACCCCACAACUUUAAAGGUAAAGGGACCCCUGACCAUUAGGUCCAGUCGCGGAUGACUCUGGGAUUGCGGCGCUCAUCUCGCUUUACUGGCCGAGGGAGCUUCUGGGUCAUGUGGCCAGCAUGACUCAGCUGCUUCUGGCGAACCAGAGCAGUGCACGGAAAUGCCGUUUUCUUCCCGUCAUAGCAGUACCUAUUUAUCUACUUGCACUUUGGUGUGCUUUCGAACUGCUAGGUGGGCAGGAGCAGGGACCAAGCAACGGGAGCUACAACUUAGGCACAUGUAAUUUGUGCACAUUCAGCUUUAUGCAAGUGGCCAAAAAACAAAAACAAAAAAACUUGAAAGGUAGGCCUCCAGGAAAAAUAACUUUGUCACUUCCACUUGCCCUUGAACCCGAAGGGCAUUGACUGUACGUGAUUUUGGCUUUAGGCAUUAUUCCCACAUGAUUUGCAGGCUUACUGUAUUCCAAUGCUAGGUUGUAAUGGUGGAAUUGCAUCUUUAGUUGCUUCCGUUUUGCUACCACAGGAAUGUCAAAUGCAAAAGAGAAGAAAAGAGCCAAGAAGAUGAAAAACCAGCCUACCAAUGUGACCUUUGCCUUUGAUGGUGGGCCAAGCCACAGUGAAAUACACUUUCAAAAUGGUGGUGAUGGAGCCUCUGAAUUCAAGAAACAAGGUAGCUGUUGUGGCUUAGUACAAGUCUAUGGAAUCUAUGGUUCUCCAGAUGUUGUUGAACUUCCAGCUCCCAUCUGCCUCAGCCAGUAUGGCCAAUGGGCAAAGAGGAUGGGAAUUAAUUCAAUCCCAAAACGUCUGGAGGUUCCCCAUCCCCAUUUUACUGGUACAGACAUCUGAUUUGGUACGAAUUAUCCAUGAAACUUUGACUCUAAAAAAAAUACAGUGGUACCUCGCAAGACGAAUGCCUCGCAAGACAAAAAACUCGCUAGACGAAAGGGUUUUUUGUUUUUUGAGCUGCUUCGCAAGACGAUUUUCCCUAUGGGCUUGCUUCGCAAGACGGAAACGUCUUGCAAGUUUGUUUCCUUUUUCUUAACACCGUUAAUACAGUUGCGACUUGACUUCGAGGAGCAACUCAUAGAACGUGGUGUGGUAGCCUUUUUUGAGGUUUUUAAAGACUUUGGUGAUUUUUGAAGCUUUUCCAAAACUUUCCCGACACCGUGCUUUGCAAGACGAAAAAAAUCGCAAGACGACAAAACUCGCAGAACGAAUUAAUUUCGUCUUGCGAGGCACCACUGUAAAGGUAAUCUGGAGAUAAGAAUGAAAUCUUAGAGAAGGGGUCUUUUAAAAACAAGGCUAAAUUUGACACAGCCCUUGUCCUGGUCCAAAGGAGGGCUAUGUGUGGUCAUAUAAGUUUGAAAAAGGGAGGAAGGGAGAUUUGUCUGGAGAAAUUUGUGGUGGGAAGGGGACUGGCUGAUUGGUUGAGAAAUAGCUCCCUUGUGUGCUGCUUUUGGGCUAGUUGGUCCACUUGUCAAACAUAAGGAGGCAGAACUGAUUGGUCCCCAAGUUUGUAUGUGUGUAGUAGCUUAGGUGGCCAGCAGAUACCUCCAGUUGGAAAAGAAGAGGUUGUGUUUCAUUCCUUGCUUGAAAAGCGGCAUUGUUGGAGUGUCCAACAGUGAUCGAGGAAUAAAAGACAGAAUCCCAAACUGCAGUCCACAGACCACCAAUGGUCUGCAGCAUGCCUAUAGAAAUGUAAUUAAAAAUCUUACAGGAUUGUGUAUUACAGUUACUACAAAAAAACCCUGUGAGUGGAAUACAUGCACCACCCUGAAGCUUCAAUAAGCUUCAGCUGAUGUAUUUCAUUGUCACUUGGUGUGGUGUUUAGGUGUUUAUGUAGAGGCUGCAGCUUAACUCCAGAACUGCUCACUGCUGUAAAAUGUUAACUAUCUCUAAGUGUAGUUUCAUCUAAAUUUCUUUACAAUAUGUUCACGUGGUUCAGUGUAAAAAUUCUUGUUUAAAAUGCUGUUUAGAUAAAGGAAGGAUUUAACUUUUAUACAGAUCAAAUUAAGUGAUAGGAGAGUUGUUGCCAAAUUCUAGAAUCAAUUUUCUUUCAGGGCUAUCGCUAUAGGCUGUAGUAUGCUCUUAGUUUGUGACUUCAGUCAAUUUACACGGUAAUUCUUCUUUGACUUGCCAACAGAUCUGCGUUCUGAAACCUCACAACAGGACUUUUCGCAACAAAAAGUUUCCUGUGAAAUGCCCAAAUAUGUCACAGGUAAGCAUACAUGAACAAUGAAUAUCACCCAACAUGUCUGUGUUAAGAUGUCAAACAAACCUAUUUCUUAGUACAAUAAGAACAAGCCAAGAGAGUCAGAGACUCAUCUGCACAGCCAAGGAGGAGGAGUUCAGAGAUUUUCAUUUAUAAUUACAGUGGUGCCUCGCAAGACGAAAAUAAUCCGUUCCGCGAGUCUCUUUGUCUAGCGGUUUUUUCGUCUUGCGAAGCAACCCUAUUAGCGGAUUAGCGGUUUAGCAGUUUAGCGGCUAUUAAAGGCUUAGCAGCUUAGAAAAAGGGGGGGGGAGCGAAAGAAAUCGCAAGACGUUUCGUCUUGCGAAGCAAGCCCAUAGGGAAAUUCGUCUUGCGAAGCGCAUCGAAAAACGGAAAACCCUUUCGUCUAGCGGGUUUUUCGUCUUGCGAGGCAUUCGUCUUGCGGGGCACCACUGUACAAUUAACCCCAGACUUUUAAUAAUCACAGUUCUUCUUCCAGUAAUGUUUCAGCAUUCUCCAUGUUGAACCUUAAGUUACACACCCAUAGGUUUAAGAGAUUUAAUAAAAUUUAUGAACCUCAUUGCUGCCAAGUGGGAAACUGCCCUCAUUUAGUUCUUUCAGGUGCUAAACAAAUUCUCUUUUUAUUUCAGUGUCUCCUUUUGUUCAGGCUCGUGCUGCAGAAAUAAAAGCUAUGCUGAAAGCUGUUACCCAGAAGUCUUCCAACACCUUAGUGUUUCAGUCUCUACCGAGACACAUGAGGAGGCGAGCUAUGAGCCACAAUAUCAAACGCCUGCCCAGGCGACUUCGUGAGCUUGCCAGAAUAGAGGUGUGUCUUUAGCUUGUUUUCCCAGUUAGCUUGCUGGUGCUUCCGUGUAAUAGUUCAUCCUUGUGCAUAACCUUUCUUUUUGUGGGGGGUAGGGUGGGGGAAUGUAAUUGCUGUUGCACGUAGGAUGGUGUUAAUUCAGCAACGCAUGGCAGGCCUCUGUGGGACUUCCCCCACGCCAGACGGUUUCUCCAUAUUCUUUGGCAGGAGGGCUUGGAGGGUAGUGAUAGGUCACUGUGCUGUCUCCAAUAUAUAUUUUUUUUCAAAAAAAAAUUAUUGAUUUUCCACAUUUAUUACAAAAAUAACAUAAUAAAACACACAACAAGGAAAAACACAUCACACUACAAUAAACUAAACACAAAAAAUUGUUUCUUCAAAUACCUAAUUCUCAUUACAUUGAUAACUGACUUCCUCAAAUCCCCUCUAACUGAAUUUCAUUAUGUCGCCUAUAUAACAGUUCUCCAAAUUCAUUUUUCUAAUAAUAUUGAAUCCUUUCAUUUACUAACCUCUUCUCCUUUAUUAGUAUUUUAAUCCUUAAUAUUUACUCUAACAUAUUCUUAUUCUACCCCUAAGCCUAUUUAUUAUUUCCGAGAAUUUUCUAUUUAUCUUGUGGUGUCUCCAAUAUAAACCCCACGAGUCCCUGUGCCCUCCACCCUAGAUAAUAAUAAUAAUUUAAUUAUCUGACUGGGUUGCCCAGUCACUCUGGGCAGCUCCCAACAAAAUAGUAAAAACACAAUAAAACAUAUAUAUAUAAAAAAAACUUCCCUGUACAGCGCUGCCUUCAGAUGUCUUCUAAAAGUCAUAUGGGUGAAUUGAAUUGAAUUGGGUUGCCUUCCCUUUGGGAAACAGAUUCAAGGGGAGAAAAACAUUGUUCCCUUGUUCUACCUAUGCAGACAGAGAAAUUUGAACAUCAGAAGAAGGAACUGCCCAAGAGCAAGUGCCGUAAGGCCAGGCGGCGCCAUACGAACUUGGUGGUGGAGUUCAACCGCAGGCAAAAGAAGAACGUGUGGCUGGAAACGCACAUCUGGCAUGCAAAGCGGUUUCACAUGGUGAAGAAGUGGGGGUACUGCCUAGGAGACAGGCCCACAACCAAGAGCUAUAGGGCCUGCUACCGGGCCAUGACUAGCCACUGCCUCCUUCAGGUACUGUGGCUUUUUAUGCCUUCAUACUUGGCAGGAGAAACACUUCAGCUUUUUAAAAAACCAGAGCAUGUCCUCUUGGGAAAGUCAAUCCCAUAGACUGUCUUUCUCCUUCCUGUUCUAAAGCACCUGUUGAGUGGAGAAAGAAAAUGAAGUUUUCUUAUCAGUAUCUAGCUGUUUCUGUGUACCACCCUGUCCUCGUGUCUUCAGUAUACUGGCUGUUGAGUCCUUGUUAACAUAUUAUAAUUUGCAUAUCUAGAGAUAGCUUUUGGUCUUCAUGCACCUCGUAAGAUAGUUGGAGAAUGUUGCUUAUCAACACAUGAGAUAGAUUUUGAGUAGUGCUUCUAUCCACAUUGUCUAAAUGCUUGCCACGCUUCUGCAAACUCAGUCUCCUGAUAAUGUGAAUUAGUCUAGAAGAAUGGCUCAGGUUUUUAUAAACAAAAUCCAUCGUUUUCUUCUGACCUCUCAAGCAUGCCAAGUUUCUCUUUCCCAGCUUAAAAUUCAAUAGUUUUUCUUUUACAUCAGGAUUUAUCUUAUUAUUGUUGCUUGGAGUUGACUGGAAAAGAGGAAGAGCUGCUUACAGCACUUGCUCGAAUGUGUAGCAUAGAUGCAGGUAAUAUUUCCUUAUUUUAAAAUGCAUACAUUGUGAAUGCUAACUGUUGGGUUGGGCAUGGGCGCCUGCUGUCUAGGACUGGUUGUACUAAGUGUGCUCAUUUAGUAUUUUUGCAAAAUACAACCGCAUAUUAUGCAAGGGGAAAGAGCAUAAUGAAGGGCUAGGUGUAUAUUUAAUAGUUCUUUGCACUCCAUUAUUUGUUCCUACUCCUCCCACCUAAUUUGCUGAUGCCAAGAAAGUCAAUUACCGUAUUUUUCGCUCUAUAAGGCGCACCAGACCAUAAGACACACCUAGUUUUUGGAGGAGGAAAACAAGAAAAAAAAUAUUCUGAAUCUCAGAAGCCAGAACAGCAAGAGGGAUCGCUGCGCAGUGAAAACAGCAAUCCCUCUUGCUGUUCUGGCUUCUGGGAUAGCUGCGCAGCCUGCUUUCACUCCAUAAGACGCACACACAUUUCCCCUUACUUUUUAGGAGGGAAAAAGUGAGUCUUAUAGAGCAAAAAAUACGGUAUCUAUUUUGCUGUUGAAUAUAGUUUAGGUCCACUAUGGCAUAGAUGCCUGUGAUUAGUGUAGCACAUUAUAAGUUUGUAAAAUAAAUCAUACUGUGACUUUUGCAGCAGCGGUCACUUGUGAUGGCCAUGUUGUGUUUAGAGCAGCCUUCCAGAUAAGUCUUCCAAAGCUGUUCUCCCAUACUGAAGUAAUCCUCCAAACCAUGGCUCCCAUACAUGUUUGGAGGAAUGGUUCAAACCAUAGUUUGCUGGUUUGUGUGUUGCAGUAAACUCUGCUUAGAACAAAAGGCAAAAUAAGGAAUUAAAUGAAGAAGGGGGUGAAGUAUAAGCAAGCACAUGUAUACAUGGCUUGUUCAAGAUGCUCCAAACUGUUGUUUGGACUGUUGUCCCAGUGUAACCAUAGCCUGUUAAUCAUUUUAUGUUGCGUUGGUCUGUGAGGGGGAAACAAAACAAGUCUAUAGUUGAUCAGCUAGAAGAAAUUCUUCUCAUAGCUAAUCAGGACUAGUCAUAAAGUUUGUUUAGAAAAAACCCUAAGCUGUCACUUCCUUUCCAUUCCCAAUACAACUUCAGCAGGAUAAAAUGAUCUUAAGAAGUUUCAUUGUGGACCUGGUGUGUUGUGUGACCAGCUCUGAAUUCUUUAAAGCAAGAACUACUGUAGGAACUAUUCUCCCCCACCAUCCCCAUGUUCCAUCUCUUAACUCUGCCAGUUUAGACUUUGGAAUGCUACUUCUAUUAUUUUUUUUUAAAAAAAGAAUAAUACUUUAUUUAGAAUUCAAUAAUAACAAAGGAAAAAACCGCAGUAGUUGCUACAUCCAUUCAUUACAGUUGACCAAUUUUAAAAUCGGAAUGCUAUUUCUAGAUGUGGUCUCCCAGUUACAAAGGUUAUAUUACCUUUCUAAGUGGGCACUAUUUUCUUGAGCAUUUUUAGCCUGUCUCUUCUCAGGGCCAACAUUUGCAGCUAUUCCUUGUCUAUCUGGGAAGCGCCAGGGUGCUCUCACCAUGUACCAGGCAGACCAAUACCCUGCAGGUGCACUUGGACCGGUUACUUUCCUUUGGAAACCCAGAGAUGGGAUUGAUAGUACUUCCGAAAACAGACAACUGUGGAUAUGGACCCACCCUGUCUUUAAGCAGGUACAAGCUGUUUCUUUUCUUUUUAAAAAACAUUUAUAAUUAGUGUAGUAAAAAAAUUAAAAGGUAAGGGUAAAGGGACCCCUGACCAUUAGGUCCAGUUGUGACCGAUUCUGGGGUUGUGGCGCUCAUCUCGCUUUAUUGGCUGAGGGAGCCGGCGUACAGCUUCCGGGUCAUGUGGCCAGCAUGACUAAGCCGCUUUUGGCGAACCAGAGCAGCACACGGAAACGCUGUUUACCUUCCUGCCGGAACGGUACCUAUUUAUCUGCUUGUACUUUGACAUGCUUUCAAACUGCUAGGUUGGCAAGAGCAGGGACCGAGCAACAGGAGCUCACCUUGUUGCGGGGAUUCGAACCACCGACCUUCUGAUCGGCAAGUCCUAGGCUCUGUGGUUUAACCCACAGCGCCACCCGCGUCCCAACAUUAAAAAAAUACCUGUAUUAAAAAGCUAACCUGUUGUGAAGGGGAAGUAGGCCUGAAGUGGAAGCCUUUCAUAUGGUUGAUUCCCACCAAAAAAGAGGUUGGAAAGGUCAUGUGGGUGAAGGGAGUGUCUGAACCUUCCCUUUAACACAGGUAAAAGAUCAGGGGAAGCUGUCUUUAUACCAGGCCAGCCUGUUUGUUCAACUAGCCCAAGGGCAGACGCUCUCUCCAUGAACUCGAGCAAAGGCCUUCCACCCAGCCUACCUGAAGCUUUUAGCCACAGAUGCCAGGGCUUGAGCCUGAGGCCUUUUGCACAAGCUGUACAAGCUGAGCUACGAACCCAAACAUUUGGCCUGAGCAUCUGCUUCUUCUUACGCAAUACUGGCGAAACUAGAUUUGUAGAAAGUGCUUUCUAAAAAGAGUCUUACAUAAAUCGUUUGUAGGGUCAUUGAGAUCUUUUAAAAUACAGUGGUACCUCGGGUUACAUACGCUUCAGGUUACAGACUCCGCUAACCCAGAAAUAGUGCUUCAGGUUAAGAACUUUGCUUCAGGAUGAGAACAGAAAUUGUGCUCCGGCAGCAGGAGGCCCCAUUAGCUAAACUGGUGCUUCAUGUUAAGAACAGUUUCAGGUUAAGUACGGACCUCCGGAACGAAUUAAGUACUUAACCCAAGGUACCACUGUAUAAAAAGCCCCUUUAUUCUUUUGACAGCAGGAUAUGCUACUGAGUGGACUUAAGCUCCAUCUCGAGGGCUGGCAACCUAAGAAUGUGGUGCUAAAAAGUCCAUCUGCUGGCCCUCUCUUUCAGCUGCUUAUUUCUAAGGACGCCGCUGUUAAUCUUUCGCCUGAAAUCUGCAUAAAAGAUGGUGGCCUUCACAUUUGACGAGCCCUUUUCCCUGCUUCCCAUUAGGAGAUCUUGGCUGAGUUGAAAGCAGCCUUCCGGUGUUCUGAGCCCAUGGAAGUCUGUAACCCUGAACCAGCUGCAAUAUCACCUCACGAAGAAAGCCAGUCAGUUAUUGCUGAGGAAGUUGGCCAGAAAAGGAAGAGGAAAGACAAUGGAGGCAAAAUGGCUGUCCCAGUGAAAAAAAUUAUUGGCGAUGGGACCAGAGAUCUCCACCAGUCCUAUUGCUGGACAUCACAAACUACUGGAGUUGUGAUAAGGUACUUGUUUGGGUACUCUUAACACAUUUCUCAUUUAUAGUCUAGUCAAGUUGCCUCAUUAUACAAAGGGAUGAAGAAGAACUUUGGUAAACAAAUUGGCCUAAUCACCUGAACUAGGGCCCCAUUUUCAAAACAGUGUCAUACCACUUUAAACAGCCUCUUUAAACAGAAAGAAUCAUGGGAACUGUAGUUUCUUAAAGGUACUGUGAAUUGUUAUAAAACCCCCAUUCCCGUCAAAGAGCUACAAUUUAGUGUAGCUUAACAGCCAACCCCUCUUCCAAAGAACUCUAGGAAUUGUAGCUCUGUGAGGGAAAUGGGAGUCUCCUAACAAUUCUCAGCACCCUUGACAAACUACAGUUCCCAGGAUUCUUUGUGGGAAAGCCAUGAGAUUCUACAGUUUUAAUUAGGCACUGAAAUAAUAAUGGUUGAGAUUAUUAAAAAACAACAACAGAUGAAUGCAAAAUGUGAUAGAACGGAUGUAUGAAUCAACACAUGUGAAGUGGGCACAAACGGGAAGUGGAUUAAUUUAUCACUCCUGACUUCAUGUUUUGACAUGUACCUUUUGUCUCUUCCAGCGACCUAACAAUGGAGAUUCUCAGAUAUCGGUUAAUUGGUCCCCUCUCAAACUGCGUCCUUACAGAGGCACUCAAAGCUGCUUGUGUCCAUACUGUAAGCUAAUCAGCAAUUUUCAUGCUUGCUUUUGUCAUGUGCUCAAGAUCACAUUGCUGUUAUUGCAUUGCUGUGUAGUCAACUGCUAGAAUCUAGUACAGUGUUGUUGGUUCUACAUGUUUGUACUACAUUAACAUAUGAUUCCCAACUCCUCUAGAAAAGUUUGGGACAUCUUGUGUUAGUCAUACCACUGACGUAGUGUCCUGAACCUCCAUAUUAUAAAAUAAUACAGGAUAAUGCCUAGAGCUGUAUAAUGGAUAGAGCUGUAUAGUAAGCCCUCCUUUUGAAACUGUAGUAGAUCACAGGCUUUGCUUGCAAAAGAUCCCAGGUUCCAUUCCUGGCAUCUCCUGAGGAAAACUUUUGGGUAGCCCCUGCCACUUAGAAUAGACUGGUGGUAACCAACAUGGUGGACUUCAUCUCCCAUCAGCCCAACCAGCAUAGCCAGUGGUCAGGGAUGAUGGGAGUUGUAGUUAACAGCAUCUUGAGGGCACCAUGUUGGAUACUCUGGUGUAGACAGUACUGAGCUAGGUGAACCAGGGGCCUGGCUGAGUGUCAGGCUGCUUCCUGUGUUCCAACUGCAAAAGAAAUUCUGUGGCAAUCUUGUGUGCAUGGUGGUAGAAGAAGCAGAAGUUUGUGGCUCUCUUUGGUAUGAGCAGGAAGACCAAUUGACUUGGUUACGCCAGGAUGCUGGAUCAUUGCUCCUGCCUAUUCUCAUAUUAUGCACUGGUGCAAAUUCCCUUGCUCAGUAUUCAAAACCACUCUAAAACACCUGAGUGUUUUGGAUGUAUUUGAGUUGUACAUUACCAUACUUUGGUAGCAAUCAUCACCAAGCCUUUGACCACUUCUUGGAGGUCUUGGCAGUUGUAUCAUAACCAGCUUUCAUGUAGAAGUUGGUUCUCUAGGAGACAGUUACGCAUAUGUCCAUUGGCAGCCCUUGAGGUAAAAGGGGAGGAACUGAGCUUUGUGGCAGCGAAUUACAUAUUUCCCCCUCUUACCUUACAUGUUGUGGCUGGUUAUCUAGGAAGUGGAGCCUACAGAUUCCGAAAUCAACAGCUGGUGGAUAGAUAAUUGCAGAGAUCCUGAUCUGGUGUCUCUUCAUCGCCGUCAAGAAGCCAUCUUUGAAUUGUUGCAAGGUAGCAUUCUAGUAGUGCCUUCUGUUUACAUGCUUUAUAUACUUGCUGGUGUACAUUUGAAAUAUCAAAAUGUAAUACUUGUCGGUAAAACGUUUAUGUUUAAAGGUGCAUCCAUUUUAUGUGUUUAAAGGGUUAAGUUCAUCAGACGUUCCAUCAGGUACUGUACUGGGUUUGACUGUGGGGGAUCCUCGAGUGAAUUUGCCUAAAAAGAGAGUGAAAGCCAAGCCAAAUCCUGAAAGAUAUCAAGGUAAAGUAUCUCAUCUAAUAUGUGACUGUAAAGAGUACAUCAAUCAACUUUUAUGUCAAGUUAAGUUAAUGUGUCUUUAUUAAGUAUUAGCAGAGAGUGCCCAGGGCUGCCUGGGAAUUUUUAGAAACCCAAACCUAUUGUGAUUUAAAAAUGGAUAGUGUAGUGAGUCUGGACUCAUCAUGGUAACAAUUGGGCGGAGUCAUGCCAAAGUCACAUUUUAGUCCACCAUCUUGAUUCAAAAUGGCUGACACCCAAACAUUGAUAAAGACCACUUCCCCCACCUUGGGAACCUUUGUAGUGAGUUUGUCAGUAGAAUCUCAAGAGGUAGCCAAACCUAUAGAGAACAUACAGGCAAACAGGCAAACCAUUUUCUAAAACAUAUAGUAUAUUCCAGGAAGCGUUGCUCUUAUCUCAUGGCUUUUUAGGGUUCCUUUAAACAUACCAAAUAGAUGCACACAUCCUAUAUUAAUGCUAUGUAGAGAAUAACGGCAGGUAUGAGGAAGGGACUUGGCACCAAACUGGUCUUGUGCUCAAUGGAAGCCUCUGUUAAAUGGUACAGAUGAUCCAGGUUCGAAUCCUGGCGAGGCCAACAGGUGCUUUACCUCAAGAUGCAACACUUCAUUUCUACGUGCUCGUAUUGCCUACAAACAUACACUUCAGAAAAAGUGUGAAAGAGUUCUCCACAUAUAACAACGGAAUGUUUGGCUUACCACGCUAAUUUAGCCUUAGAAAUAUUUUUCUGUAGUGAGAGUAAGAAUCAGAAGUUCCACAAUUCAGUCCCGCUGUACUUAUUUGCCAAUUAAUUCCACGGCACUGGAUUCAUUAUUUCACUUUUCACCAUUUUUUUGCACACAAACAAUUAUUUUUCAGUAAUGGGGCAGGUUUGGGGCAAAAAGAAUCCCUCUGAACACACAUUUCUUUUACCUGUCUACAUUUGGCAUCUGCUUCACUUAGGCUUAUCUACAUCUCUCCCUUUUAAUAUGGAUUUAACCGCUACAGACAACUCGCCCAUCAAACCAAACAGUAUAUUCUGACUUGAAGCCACUCUCCAUUUUGUUAUGCAGGGUGUAUCUCUUAGUCCUGAGAUCCUUCAAUCGAAGAUGCCAGGGAUCAAUGCUUGGAUUUUUUCUAUUUGCAAAGGAUGUGCCAUGAUGUUGAGUUGUGGCUUCUGCUCCUGGACCAGACCAUAAGAAAAUCUUAAAACUUUGGUUCUUUUCUUCUAUAUUAUAAGGUCCUUCUUCACUUGCCAGGGCAACAUUGUUUGGUGUUUCCUAAUAAAGUGCUUUUCAGACAUAAAUAUGCACUCAGGUAGCCAUGGUUUGAUACUUCCGAUUGCUUUGGUGUAGAUUCACAAAUGUGUCUAGAUCUUCUGCAUAUAUAUAUAUAUAGCUAGCCCUGUGAGAAACUUUGGGUUGUGCAAGGCAGCGAGGGACACGCCAGCCCUUCCAAGCCUCUCACUAUAUAUGUUUGUAAAUUUAAUAACCCUUUCUGUUUUGAGGCAUUCUGCAGGCAGUGCAUGCCCAUAAGCAGUGCAUGCAAGCUAAGGCUGAUGGCUGAAGAAGAAAGGGUAGCAAGAGAAGAUCUUAAAUGGAUGUAUGUGGGGAACCAGCAAUGGGAGCCUGGAUGGCUGAAGACUCGUGUUUGCAAACAGGCAGAGGGGAAGAUGCCACCUAAGAAAGAAAUCUUAAGGAAAGCUGGUGCUUCUUUUGGAUAGUGCUCCACAGCUCUUCCCCUCCAUUAGCUUAGGGUUGUGUCCAACAAUGUCCUGCUGAACAUGAGAGCCCACAAAAAGUAAUGUUGGCCAACAACUUGGAUGGCCUAAAAAGAGGAUUAGAGGAUUCAUGGAGGAAAAGGCUAUCAGUGGCUAUUGACCACUCAGAUUAUGUUCUCUUUAUGUUGCUGGGGAGAACGCUGUUCUGCUCAGGUCCUGUUUUCAGGUUUCCAUAGGCAUGUGGUUGUCCACUGGCAACAGGAUGCUGGCCAUGAUCCAGCAGGGCUCUUAUAUUGUUACUCAGAGAAGGACCAUUGAAAUUAGAGGGAUGAGUUAGCCAUGUCCCUUAAUUUCAAUUGGUCUCCUCUUGAGUACAACUGGCAUUGGAUACAACCCAUAGUCAUGGAGAAAACAUUGAUUUGGUUUUCUGUAUCUUCCUUACUCACUAUAAUUAUUUAGUAGUUCAUUCUCUUACUUGGCAUGCAUGCUUUUCACAUUCUUAGGGAGGCAUUCUAUUCAUUAAGGUUCUGCAAUCUCCCUUAAAAUACGUGGUGGAGUAGGAUUUCUUCAGGUAUAGUUAUUUGAAGAUUAAUUGCACCGUGUGUUUUGGUUAAAGUGUUCCAAAUAUCACACAUGAAGUUGGCUACUUUAGGCAGGGUAUACUGAUUUGCAAAGCAUGUCAUUACAGUCUAAAGUUUUCUUUUGCUGAAAUAGCUAAUACAGUGGAACCUCGGUUGCCAAAUGGAAGUUGAACACUUUGGCUUCUGAACGCCAACAACCUGGAAGUGAAUGUUUCCAUUUACAAAUGCAUCUUGGAAGUCGAAUGGCUUCCAAGGCACAUUUCUCUAUUUUUUCAAUGGAUUUUGCCAACCAGCAAUUGCGCCUCGAUUGUCGAACAUUUCAGAAGUCCAACGGUCUUCUGGAAUGGAUUGCGUUUGACAACCGAGGUUCCACUGUACUAAAAAUAAGAAGGGUGACAAUGGGCUACAGGCAUAUCAACCUUUCAACAGAACCAUUCUCUUAAACACAUGCAUCUUUUGGCACCACAAUUUCCCCACCCUUCACCCAAAACCUAAUGCCAACUAUGAGUGCACACUGAUCCUGUCACACAGUUCUUGAAGAUCUGUAGAUAGGAGUGAAGGGAUGUUUAAAUAUUCUCUGAGAAAGUGGUGCUUGACUCUGCAGUGAGAAAAUAGUGCAUCAGGCUUGGAUCUCAAUAUGCUCAGGCAGCAAAAGGAGAGCAGUUCCAGAACGUAAAGUUCAAGGGGAACUCCGAAAUCAUCACCUUCACAUCAGCCUUUAAAGCAGGGAUGGGGAGCCUGUGGCCCUCCAGAUGUUGUUGCUGCUCCCAUCAGUCCAAGCUAACGUGGCCAGGGGUUAGGGAUGAUGGUAGGCUAGAAUCCAUCAAUAUCUGGAGGACCACAAGUUCCCCACCCAUGCUUUGCAGUGAUUCUCAACCUGUGGGUCCCCAGAUGUUGUUGGACUACAACUCCCAUCAUCCCUGAGCUCUGGCCUUGCUAGCUAGGGGUGGUGGGAGUUGUAGUUCAACAACAUCUGGGGACCCACAGGCUGAGAAAGGCUGUUUUAAAGUGAGACCGUGUCUUCUAAAAUGUUGAUCCCUCACUUUAGACCUCAGUAAAAUUAGGACUAUUGCCUACAGCUCCACAAACUCCUAGAAGGCUUUGACUUCUGUUAGAGUAGAACUCAAAGUUCAUUUCUCUCUGCGCUGUUAAAUGUGUGUUUGCUCUUUGUACAAAAUACCCCUUUAAAUGAAGUAGCCAGGGUUGCUAUGCUCCUAAGAUAAAACAUUCAGCUAGUUUCUCGUGGAAUAUGAACUGAAAUUAUUAAGGUUAGAAGCUUUAAUGAUCUUUUCACAACUUGCUGUUCUGCAUUCCCCUUUGUAUGCUCUUAACCUUUCAGUGACAACAGGUCCCUCUUUUUUCCUUUACUUUAGAGGAUGAAAAAGUCAAGCAGCUGAUCUUGGAAGGGGUGCCAGCAGAGUGUUCACAGAGCUUUCUUUGGGACCAGAACGUCCGCAAGAACGUCACAGAAAAUAAAAUGCCAGAACAGGUAACCUUUACAUCAGAAAUAACAAUGAAGCAGUUGGAUAUAAAUGUCAGCCGCUCAGUGCAUUUCUGUUAAGCCCAAUUACUUUGAGACUUGAAAUGUCUGUCUCAAAAUCCUGCCCAUUUCUUUCCAGCUGGUGAAGUGUACCAGAGUAGGCUUGGUUUACUAAUUUGAAAAUGUUACCUCACCAUCUACUUUGCAUCUCUAGUUUGCACUUACAUAGGGCAAUAUCCAGCUAAACCAUUCUGCUAGUGCAAGGACUUACAGCUGACAAAAUGGACCUUCCCCUCUCCCUCUGUGUCUGCUCUGGAGUGUUGGAGGGGGGAGCCCCCACCACAGACUUAGGGGGCACAUGGGGAGAGGAGAGGGAGGGGAAGUUUUGUUGCACAGCCAGUCUUUGUUCUUGCAGAAGUGUUUAGUUGGAUACCGCCUACAGACAAUCUACUGAGUACAUUUUAUAUCCUGCCUUUCUUCCAUCAGGAUCUCAAAGAAGUAUAUGUGAGGUUCCUAGGCGAUCUCCCAUCAAGAUGCAGACCAGAUCUAGACAGGCUUGGUUUCAGCAAGGUGUCUGGAUCCUGUGUCCCGAGAUCUGUAAACAUGGAAAUGGCAUCAUAGCAGACACAGUUUUGUUUGAUAUAGAUGGGCGACAUGUCAGUCUCUAUCUCUCCUUUCAACAGUGAUUUAUAAAGAAUUACUAAACUACAGAGCCAUUGACAGAAAGAAAUUCAGAUCAGGCUGUAAGCUGCCAUAUUCCUCUACUAACACACAGGAAAUGUACUGCAUUAAAGAAUAAUUGUUGUGUUCCAGGAAUAGCUUUCAGUGAAGCUUUUACUUAUGGCUUAUUAAGUUGUUUUAAGGUAAAGAUAAGUUUAAGUGCUUACAAUGCAGAAUAAGAAUAUUUUCUUCUUCUUCUGGUACCUCUUUUUUCUUUUUUAAGCAAACCUUUGUGUGCUUUGUCCCCUCUCAUCCCAGGACUUGAAUCAUCUGAGAAGUAAACUCUUGGUGCCUGGAUCACAUCUUGACUUAGGCCCCCGAGAAUCCAAGAUUCCUAUACUCCUGGUUCAGCAGCCUGGAAAAAUGGCUGGAGAAGAUCGACUAGGAUGGGGAAGUGGCUGGGAUAUUUGCUUGCCCAAAGGUUGGGGCAUGGCUUUUUGGCUACCUUUUGUAAGUUAUGUUUCAGAUUGAAAAACCGUGGGUAAUGAACUAUAAUUGCUGACUAACAUACCUUUGCUCUUCAGGAUGAUUAAAACAUUUUUAAAAAUGCACACACCCUGACAGCUCAUGAUGAAAUUAACUCCAUGUUUUCUACAAAGUAUCCCAUGGUGGUUUUAUGGUUUUAUAUUGUUCCUUCCAUUCUAUUGGAGAAACAGAGCCCCAAAGGCAAUGCAAGCUGAGCAUCCACACGAGAUUCACUUUUCCUAAACACCAGCCUUAGGUGUUCAAAAGGAGGAUUCAUUGCAGGCAAAUCUGUUGCCAUGUUUUCAGGCAAUCCAGAAAAGCAGCGGUAACUUUAGUUUACGGACCUUUCCUCUUGUUCUUGCAUUCUCUUAACUGUCAAUGGUAUAAAUGGUUGCAGAAGGAGUUUUUAUAUCACACUGCCGUCCCUAUGCCUAGAUCCUAAGGCUACAAAAUGCAAAUCAAAAGUUGCAACUGCUGUGGAUUAUUUAAAAAAGAUCCUCUUCAUAAUGAAAUCAAAAGUAGAUUAUUUGGACUGAGCUGGGCAGUUUCUAAGAACCUUGUCAGUAUUAGCUUUUCUUACAAUUUGAAGCUUCCAAGCCUGCGGAAUGGCAUCUGCACUGAGAUACAAUAGGCGCCUGAUAUCUGUAUCUUCUGAAAAACAAUGAAGAAGUUUUUGUUCCAGCAAACCUUCCCACCUCGAUGAAAAGGUCCUUCCUUAGGUGUUCAUUUUGUUUUGUUUCUAAGUCUACCUUCAGUUGUUGUUUGUACUUUUUAACUGCUUUUAUGGCCUGUCUCUAAAUCUCCUUGAGGCUUACCUAAAAGGCAAUUCAUAACUGAUAAAUAAAUGAAAGUCAAUCUUACACAUUUGUUUUGUAGCUGUAUCGAGGUGCACGUGUUGGGGGAUUGCAGGAGGCUCUGAAACAUUCUCUGUAUAAGAGGACACCACAUAUCCCGCACGAUUACCCAGACUCUCCUGCUGCCAUGCAGUUUGCCAAAACAUUGGAGAGAAAUCUUCUUGAAAAGUUUAAGAGGUAGGUAUCUGAGAUGCACCUGGGAGCUUCCCCCCUUACCUCAGCCAGUACAUGUGGUAUAUAUUCAGAUUAAAUCUUCAGAAAAAUUACCUUUCCAAAGGCAAUGGGAACAUGACAUUUUAGGUCACAACUCAGUAUGGCAAAAGAUGUGAAAGCAUUUUCCUCCAGCCAAUAAUUUAGGGAAAGGAUUUCUUUUAAUCUAGCCAAGGUUAAAAAAAAAGAAAAGAAAAAGAAUUUAUCCUUUUUACCAAUGUAAUUUUUGGCAAUUAGGCAGUAUAUAAAUACCGUAUUUUUCGCUCUAUAACACGCACCUGACCAUAACACGCACAUAGUUUUUAGAGGAGGAAAACAAGGAAAAAAAAUAUUCUAAACGAAACAGUGGAUGUGUGAUUUUUGUGGUUCAUGCUGUGGCCACAGACAUGUAAUCUGACAGUGAGUUUGGGGUAGCCCAAUGCAAAAAUCCUGAGGAUCCAUGUGGAUCCAUGCUUUGUAACCAUGUUUUUGCACCACUGCGGCCCCAGGCAACAGUGGGUGCAUGAUUUUUUUGGUGCAAGCUGUAGCCAUGGACAUGCUAUGUGAUCUGAUGGUGAAUUUGGGGUGACCCAGUGCAAAAAUCCUGAGGAUCCAUGUGGAUCUGUGCUUUGUAACCACGUUUUAAGUGGGGAGGGAAGGAAAAGCACUCAAGGGACAAGGAACACGCGUGGGGUGGGUGGAGAAGGAUGCUGUUAAUAAUGCAGAAGAGGGGUAUAAGAGGAGAAGGCUCCUCUCCUCUCCUGCUUUGCUCCUUUAAAGGCUCUGCUUCUCUCCCUCCCCCCCGGCUCGCUGAAAAACUUUGCUGCUAUUAAGCCAGCUGAGUGGGGAGGAGAGAGGGACAGAGAGCCUGCUUGCGAAAAACUUUGCUGCUAUUUAACGAGCUGUUCUCUCCCUCCUUCCCGGCUCGCUGAAAAAAACAGCUCCGGACUCGUGUAAGCGGCUCCUCUCCUCUCCCGCUUUGCUCCUUUAAAGCAAGCAGGCUCUCUGUCCCUCUCUCCUCCCCACUCAGCGGCUCUUCUCCCGCUUUGCUGUUUCAAAGCGAGCCACGAAGGAGGGAAGGAAGGGGAACCAUGGAUCCUCUGCUCACGACUGCAGCAGAUCCCCCCACCAUCCGUAGGCAUUCGCUCCAUAACACGCACAGACAUUUCCCCUUACUUUCUAGGAGGAAAAAAGUGAGUGUUAUGGUGCAAAAAAUACGGUAUAUUAAUAACAAUAAUUUUGCAUUUCCCUCUAUGUUUGGCUGCUUCUAAAUGAGAAGUUUUUUUCUUUAUCGUAGGCGUCCUCCUGCAAAAAGAGCCAAUUAUGUUAAGCAUGGGACCUUGGCACCAUUCCUCUGUCCCUGGGAUAAGCUGAACAGAGAUUGGGAGGCCAGAAACAGAGCUUUUGCAAAACAUGUACCCACAUCAGACCAGGAGUCUUGUGCAACUGAGGAACAGGCUUCUUGUGGCCCCAGUUCUGGAGCACAUGCGGCUGAAUCACCUGUGGCUGUCAGUUCAGAACAUCAAAUGGAGAUGAGCUCCCCAGACAUGCAGGUGGAAGAAGAGAGAAAAAUGAUGGGUCUAUGCAAGAGAGAUGAAGCUGAAUCAGGUUGGACCUUCUGUGUUCUAAGGUAUGCACACCAAAUCAAUUCCCGCAUUGACCAUAGUGGGAAAUCAACUUGCAACUCAUGUGAAUCCAUACAUAGGGAUUUUGAGUGUGCAAGCUGUUGCCAUGGAACAAGACUUAGAUCCUUGAGUACUUCAUCUUCUGAGGCUUACCCUGGUCAGAUGUGACAAGCUUUAGAAGCUGUUCUGCUUAUGAGCUGUCUUACAAACUUGUGAAUUGCUUAUUACCUGCGUACACAAAUGUCCUCUGCACUUUGGAGCUUUUAAAGGCUUGUUUCAAGUGAGUGUGGUCAGUUAGCACCUGAUUAUUUCAACAGGCUGAAGCCAGAACUGUAGCAAUUAGCUCUUAAAUAGGAGUCUCUUGCCCUGCAGAUGCCCAUGCUUAUAUUUUCUGAGUGGCGUAGGAGUGCAAGAGUCCUAUAUUCAAAAUCCAACUCUGCUCCAAAACGUACUGGGUGACCUUGGGUCACUAUCUCUUGGCCUACUUUGCAGGGUGAAAGUUAAGCUAAAAGGUGGACUGGAGCACAUUGUAUGCCACUCCUGUGCUCCUUGAAGGAAGGGCAUGAUAAACAUGUAAUAAAUGCAGUAUUUAAACUCUGAACAAAGUUGUGCAGUCUCAGUAAGCUCUUCAUCAUCCACAGAGAGAGAGAGAGACAAAUCGCAUCUUUACAGAUACUGUACUUUUUCAUAGCAAAACAUCCUAUAUACUUACAGUGAGUUCAUUCUGAAGGUAUGGAUCCUUAUGUGGUAUGGAUCCAUAUGCCAAAGGGAAGGCAGAAGUAUAAUAAUAAUAAUAAUAAUAAUUAAUAAUAAACUAUAUAAACAGCCCAUUGAGACUUGAGCAACCUCAGUGACCACAUACAGUUGACUAACUACAGGAAAACAAGGAAGGGGAAGGGGAACAUUGUUCCCUGGCAAAGGGUGGGAAAUUCUGUGCGGGAGCAUUCCAUACUGCAACAUUAUGUUGCAGGGCCCACUUGUUCUGUACUGAACUGCAUGAAAACAUAACUACUUGUUGUAUCUUUUUCAAUAGGAGCAGAAAUUUAUUAAGGCAGGUAUCGGUCUGGUGCCAGCCAACACCUGGGAGAAAUCGGAGGCUACAGCGCCUUGUUGCCAGGCCAGAUCAGAAGGAUCUGACUGAAGAUGCCCUCCUGCCUAUCCUUCAACGUUAUCCCAGGUCACUGGUGUGGGUCAGCUUGUCCCUUCUCAAAAAAGGUAGCCCAGAGUUACACGCAAUGAUUUGCAUUCCAACAAAAGGAGAUUUAUUGCAGCUCAGCAAAGACCAAGACUACUGUGGUCCUCGGGAACCUAAGCACAGCGACAGAUUUAAGAGCAAGAUGUCGAAACGAAAGGGAAGGAAGAAGAGGCAAGACGUCGGGAAGGCCACAGAAAGCAGUGCCUUGAAUACAACGAAGGCCACACCAACGGAACAUGAAGAUCUGGUUCUGGGCUUAUGGCCGAACCCUUUGCCAGAUCUUGCAGCACACUGUUCCAGAGUGCUCUUGGGAUUUGUCACUCAAGGGGACUUCUCCUUGGCCUCUGGCUGUGGUGAAGCGUUAGGGUUUGUUAGUCUGACAGGGUUGCUGCAAAUGUUGUUGGGUCAGCCAGCGGACAAGAAAGGGCUUGUGGUGUUAAGAAACCCAGCGUCCCUACAAUACAGAUUUGCUAGGCUUACGGUUGAAGUCUAA